AUGUCACUGGUAACGGUGCAGCGUUCACCGACACCAAGUGAAAUUGGAAAUUUAGAUCAGACGGAUAUCGAUGCAACAGAAUGUGGUUCGCCGACAUUCAGAGGGCCAAUUCCGAGUACAGAAUGUUAUUUUUACGUCAAAGGUACUGCGGUGAUUUUGUUGCAACCUGAUCGUACAAAUGUUGGACGUAAUAAUACUGGUGGUGAAAUUGAAGAACAUUUGCAAGCAAUACUAAAUAUAUUGCCUCCUCAUGAUAAUCUUACAAUGGCUGUAAGAUUACAGCCAGCCACUGUUGAGGCUAUCAGUUCAAUAAAUCAUGCUCGUUAUUUAGCUGUUGUAUCAUCUGCACGCCAUCAGGAGAUUAAUUUUCAGAAUGUCCGAGAAGUUGUUUUGCUGGGUCUUGAUUGUCUUCCAAAUAAUAAAGUCGCGAUCGGUGUGACCAUUCCGGUUUAUGCUUCAACUCGAGUAAGUUUAGAUGGUGACGGUGGUGUGGUUGUUGAUUUUGAUUCAUCAUUACAUAUAUUUAGGCCUGUUUCUGUUCAGGCUAUGUGGACCAUGUUCCAAAGAUUGCAUAAAGAAUUAAUCGAUGCACAAAAUGCAAAAAAUUCAGCGCAACAAUUUGGAAAAGCAACGAAGCGUUUAAUCGAUUAUUACAGUGAACAGGUAUCAUCGGAUGAUGCAAUAAUCACGAUGUGGGAGCGUUCGACAUCAUAUUAUACCACUGAAACCAGUAGCGAUUUGGGUGCGACAAGUGCGGAUGCUGAGCGACUCAGUCAUGAUUAUCGAAGCGAUGAUGAUUCCGUGAAAGCUCUAAUUUAUGAACGAUUAAAAGAAGUGAUGCAAACUGUGGAUUUGGAUGAAGUUACAAGUAGAGAUAUCCGUUUAAAGGUAGAACAAGGUAUGCAUAUGAAACUGGACAAAUACAAAGAUUUUAUCAGUCGCCAAAUGAUGGUUAUUAUGGGACAAAUGGAUAGAGCAUCACAGAUUUUUCCUUAUCUUUAUUUGGGUACUGAGUGGAAUGCAUGCGAUUGGCAGUGGCUGGAAAAUAAUGGAAUCAAAUAUAUUGUUAACGUAACGAACGAGGUGGAGAAUUUUUUCCCUGCUCGUUUAAAAUAUCUAAAAAUACGUGUCUCGGAUGAGGCUAGUACUGAAUUAUUGAAAUAUUGGAAUCAAACAAAUCAGUUUAUUAAAGAAGCAAAAGAAAAAGGAGGUGCUGUAUUAGUGCAUUGCAAAAAAGGCAUCAGUCGGUCGUCAUCUACAGUGAUAGCUUUCGCAAUGAAGGAAUAUGGAUGGGCACUUUCGCAGGCAAUGGAACAUGUGAAAAAUAAGAGAGGUUGUAUUACGCCAAAUAUUGGUUUUGUGGAGCAACUUAGAACGUUUGAAGGUAUGUUACACGCUUUCAAGAAAAGAAAUCAAUUUGAUGUUACACCGUCAACAUCAGCUGAUCCUGUUGAUUCAGUUCGUUUCCGUCGUAUUUUGGACAAAUAUGAUAGAAAUGUUAUGGAUAAUGUGGAAGUUACACGUUCUCGUAUUAAAAAUGAACGGUGUGCUGUAAAUAUGGUCAAAAGUCUGGUUGGUAGUUUUGAAGCGAAAGGUCGCGGUGAUGGGCGUAAUGCAAGUGAGCCACCGUUAUCAGAACGCCGGUUAAAUCGACCGCCUGUAACAUUCCGGUUGCAAAGUAUAACCGACUGGAAGUUCCGAGAUCGCAUAACUGUGCCAGUUUCUAACAGUUGCUCGAACCGGCAAAUUCGUGCACUUACUAUAUUACAAUAA